UUUGUAUAAACUUUUAAAGAACAAAUAAACAAUGGCGGUCCCUCAACUGGAUCCCGCGAAGCUGCAGCUCGUUCAAGAAUUGGAAAUUGAGAUGAUGUCAGACAUGUACAACCGGCUUGUCACUGCAUGCCAUCGCAAGUGCAUUCCAAUCAAGUACCAUGAACCUGAGCUUGGCAAAGGCGAGUCAGUGUGUGUAGACCGCUGCGUAGCAAAAUAUCUCGACGUGCACGAGCGCAUCGGCAAGAAGCUGUCAAGCAUGUCUCAAGGAGAGGCCGAGGCCGAUCUGACAAAGAUUAAUCUGCCUGAGAAGAAGUAGGGGUAGGGUUGCUGUGAGUCUUUGCAAUUAUAUUAAAACCUUGAGCUCAAUUUAUAAUGCCGCGGAACAGAUGAAAACGAAUUUUUGUAAUGAAAUUGUUUGACAUAAUUUUUGUUUCACAAUGCGGUCAUAAAGUUCAUUACGCUGUAGUUACAAAAAUUGUUUUUCAUUUCAUUUCGCGGCAAUGUAAAUUGAGUCUUUAAGUUCCAGUGAGAAUGAUAUGAAGUGGAUUAUUACACCAGAGUUUGCUCUAUUUCAUUAAAUUCAAAACUCUUUAGAUCAUACACAUCAAACUACAGCUCUAUGGUGAUAAGCCUCUAAGGGUAAUUUUCAAAUUAGUUUUCUUUACCUAAUUUCGCUGGCAAUUUUUAUUAAAUAUUCG